UUUUCUCGUCAAUCGCCCAAGCGGUGUGCCAUUGCACCAAAUGGUGAGGUUUUUGGACAAUCAACUGCUAAUAGCAACUCUCCACCUCCUCGUGCCCAUCCCCGAUACCCUUCCUCAAGCCGUCCAUGCACUCACGCCCUCCUCCAUCUCACGCUCCUGUGCGAACCCAAGCCUGCGCGGGAUAUCGAUUCCAGACUCGAAAAAUCGCGCGCUCGGCGCGCGAUACAUUACGCAGCGAAUUGUCUCUGGAGUCCCAGCAACCUCCCUCUCCCACAGACUCUACCGAGCAUGCGCAAGACAGCAUUCGGCGCGCGAUGUCCCCGCCCUCGCGGACUGCAUGGGAUCGCGCAGGCAGGCCCGCAAUCACGGCACGGUCGCUGCGCACCACAGCCCGCGAGCUGCAACAGACCUGACCUGGGUCAGCGAUCCCCAGCCCCCGCCUUGAACACCCUUUCUUUCCCGAGAGAAAGACAAAAAAGAAAGUGUGUGCCUGGGGUCGUGGCUCAGCCACGCCGCCGUGCAUUGCGCACGGAGGGCGCCGAUAGCGAAGGGUGCCUGCGCGUCCAAUCAUCCCUGCGCCGGGGUGGGGCCGGGACAACCCCCGCCUCGUACGCCCCGGUCGACGCGUCCUACACGCACGUACGCAUUGCUGCGCAGGCCAGAGCCUCGAUGACAUACGUAUAUAGCCAGACGCGGGAGGCCGACACAGUGAGGGGGCACCCCAUCCCAUCAGGUGAUCGAGUGCUUGCUCGUUCGUCCGUGCGUUGAGAGGCUGCUGUGCAUCGCCGCGCACGUAUACGUGCACGGAGGGGCCCCGAUAGCGAGCGCCGUCGAUGGCCCUGCAGGCCAGCAACGACGGCCAGCUCCUAUUCGCUGGACCCGAGCGGGACGAGCGCUCGUCUCGCCUCGUGGGCCCCGACUCGACGCGGCCAACGGAUACGCUACAGCGCGCGGAUCGGUCGCGACGCGUGCGACAGUGCGACUAGAGGCUUUGGCUCCCAAAAAGGGACGAGGGCUUCGAUACGCUCCUGGCUCGAAUAACCAUGCGCUGCAAACCCACACCGCAGGCUGUAGAGCGAUGGACACACGUAGAGAGGACGCCUGAGUCUCCCUCUCGAUAGCAAUUUGAAGCACUCGGACUAUUCCGUUUCCUGUCGCAAAAGUGUUCCGGGAUCUAGUGCGUUAUAUCCCCAUCCUCGCGCGCCGAAUGUUUGUGUCUUUCGCGAACAGCACUUCUUGAUGGACUGCACAGCCAUGUCUGCGUGUAUACGACAUGAAGUGAGGUCCUCAUAGUGUGCCUCUUGACGGGAAGCAAUCGACGUGCCAUUUCCGAUAACAAAGCAAAAAAAUUCGAGCAUCCCAGCAAGGCAACCAAAACCCUUCAUGUAUCAAGAUGCGUGCCAUGCCAUGGAUUGAGAAGGAAAAAGAGAAGAGAAAAUGCUUUUGCCUGGUGUAGUGGCUGGGUAUCGCCGCGCACGGACGUGCACGGAGGACGCCGAUAACGAGAAGACGAGCCCUCGUCUCGUACGCCCUGGCUCGAUAUGGCCUACAUACGAUUUUUGCGAUGCCCAUGGGGUCCGUAAGGGUCCAGAUCAGAAUGAGUGCUGGGUCACUAGACCGGGGUACGGCAAUUCCCACAUGGCGACGAGCCUCUGGAAUAACUGCUCCCGAGCUCGAC